AUGAACAAGACCAAAGGCCGAGGCCGUAAGUUUUCUUUUUUUGGUUAGUUAAGGAAGAAAUGCUGAGGAGCGUUACGGUAAAACCGCUGUAAAUUUAAAACGAAGGAAAACUUUAAAAAACCCUUUUGGUUGGUUAGUUGACAGAGUAAAUGGGCUACAAUUACUUUAAAUUUUAAGCUUACAACUGUAUUUUCAAAAGAGUUAUGACUAAAAAUAGGCAUAAAAUUACCAUUUUUCACGAUUUUUGUAUACCAUGGUUAAUAUAACUCAUAUCUCCGUUAACUUAAACCUUUUAAAGCCAACAUUUAGUAUAAUAUUAAAAAUAUAUUGUAAAAUAACAUAAACGUGGUAAGAUGCCAUAUUAUUUUAGGUGGACCAAUCAGUAAAGGGCCGAAAGCCGCUUCUCGACCAACCAGCAAUAACACUAAAAACAGCACCAACACGAGUUGUAGCCGCACUGACAGCCGAAAACCGAGUCAUGUAAAAAGGGAGAGGAAGGAGAAGCCGGACAUUCUCAAACCUGAGGAUAAACUUCAGUUCACCAAGUGCAAGUAAGGUUAUGCUAUAUUACACUAGGUGUCUGAUCUUGGAGCUUUGAUUUUAUAAAUUUUUUGAGUUGUGAUUGAAUUUAUGACAUUUUUAAGCGUAUAUUGCUUAUAAAAAUAUAUUUCUUAUCAUAUGUUAUCAUACUUUUGAGUAAAAGCAAAAAAACUGUGUGCAGCCUGCGAACUUCCGUAACCAACUUGCGCUCUCGCGUUUUCGCUAAUUUGCAGCGAUUUUUGCCGAAAUUUCAGGAUAAAAGUAAAAAACGUUCUUGGCCGAGGUGGAUUUGGCCAAGUUUACAACGUUUUUCUCAUUGACAAACCUUCACAAACCGGCGCUUUGAAGAUCGAACCCGAGAAGACUGGUCACCGACUUUUGGCAAGUUUAUGACAUUAUUUUGUCUCUGUAACUAUUUUUUUAAACUUAUUUUGUUCUUAAAAUAUUUUAAAAGGUCUAGGGUUUGUAGAAAUUAUGUUUGCAGUUUUGGUUCAAUUGGUUUUCAUGUUUUUUGCAAUUUCAACUAAAAAUUAUAUUAUAGUAGCUUGAUGGCUUUGCAGUUUUAAUCAUAACUUUUUUAAAAUGAUAGGUAUCAACCUGAAAAUUGGUGUGGUUGUAGAUUGUUUAUUUGGUCAACUAGUUUUGGAAAUGAAAUUUUAAAUUUUGAGGUUGUUUGAAAGUGGCAGUAACUUUACUAUAACGGUAUGCAAACCCAAAUUAUUUCGAUAAUUUUUUUAAAUAAAGUGAAUUGUGAGCUUUGUAAAACAUAAUGAUUAGUAUAUUCACAAAAAGUUUCAGCACAAUAUAGCAUAUUUUGGGAAAGUUAUAAUUAUUUUAAAACCAGCAGUUCAAAAUUCGAUAUGGGUACGGGUAAGCUACUGUAACCAGUGUUUGCAUGGGCUCCGGAGCCGCUCCGGCUCCGGAGUCGGAGCUGGAGCCGGAGCUAAAAUUCGAAAAUGCUCGGAGCCGGAGCUGGAGCCGGAGCUUGAUUUUUUUUGGCACGGCUCCGGCUCCGCACAUUUUUUUUUCUUUUUUAUUUUUUUUGCUGGGAGAAGAGAAGGGCGGGGCGGGGCUUGCGCCUUUCUCCCGAAAAGCGCUUUUUCUUCUCCUUUUCAAAAAGAAGGGCGGAGCUUACGGGUGCUUUUUCGGGGAAAAAGAGGACAAAAAACUUUUUUUUGCGAUUUGUUGUGAUAUAUUUCCCAAAAAGAAGAAACGAAACAAAAGGAGAGCGUGAUCAUAUAGCGGAAUGGAUAAAGCGUUAUCCAUCGGUGUUGCACUCGCAGGUUCGAACCUCGCUGCGUGCAAACGCUUAUUGCUUUUUGUUUGAUUAAAAAAAUGCUCUAAAAACACCACUAAUAAUAUACUAAAACUUAAUUACGACGCGACAUUAGGCAGACCAGGCCAGGUUGAAGAAAAAUUACAAACUUUUAGCUAGAUUUACAUUCAAUCCUUUUACUUUAGCUACUAGAUUCAGCCAGCAUGAACAAUUCUUUAGCAGAUUGCAAGCAGUAGCCCUGUCGAAGUUUUGAAAAUCUAAACGUGUUGGUCAGACAAAAGAGGCUAAUACGGUUUAAUAGUUCGUACACAAAGUAAAGUUUAACUUUGUUUUGUUAAAUUAUAUAUUUUUUUGUUACAUCUUUCUAUUUCUUAUAAUAAAUGUUGUUAUAUAUGGCAAAACACGUCAAUAACACCAAAUUUAACGGUUUUUAACCAUUUUUAAAAAAAUCUGACCCGGAGCCGGAGCCGGAGCGGACUAAAAUAAGGGCUCCGGAGCCCGGAGCCGGAGCCGGAGCCCACUUUGAAAAAAGGUCGGAGCCGGAGCCGGAGCUGGAGCCAAAAAUUUCAAAAAUGCAAACACUGACUGUAACUUUUAAACAAAGAUGAAUUUUAAAUUUUUGUUUUAACAUUAGUUGUCAAAAUGAUUGAUCGAUAAUUCCUGAGAAUUUUGGAUUGUUACUUAAUUUUUUAAAAAAGUUAUGCUUAAAAGUAUAAGUACUGACUUAGUAUAAUAUAACUUUUUUACAAAAAUCGGCAAUUUUUCCUAAGUUUACGUCUAAAGAAAUAUAAUUUUUAGUUCGAAAGCCUGCUACUAACUCACAUUCAACAUUCGACUGGUGAAAAGAGUUUGUUUCCAAAGAUUUACGACUAUGGGACGACGAUUGUUAACAAUAUUUCAUAUCGAUAUUGUUUAUUCCAAAUCUUGGGCACAAAUUUGAGUGAUCUGCGGCUGAAAUAUGGCAAAGAUGGGAAGCUUUUGGAGAAGCCGACUUGUGCUCACGUUUCUCUUCAAACAUUCAAGGUAAUUUUGUUGUUUUGACAUUGUUUUAGAUGUUAAUCUGAGAUAGGUAUCAAAUACGUAAAGAUUUAGCUAAAGUAAUCUAAUUUUUUUAAUUUUUCGUAUUUUCAGUCAUUAUGGGACUUUCAUGAGCUUGGUUUUGGACAUUUUGACAUAAAACCCCAGAAUUUUGUUUGUGGACGAGGGAGCGAAGAGGAGCGGAUCUUCUUGAUCGACUAUGGUAUUGGUCGAUAUUGCAUGGACAAUGGGGAGUUUAUGUAAGUUUUUUAUUGUGUUUUGUUGAAUUUUAGGUUUUAGUUUUAUAAAGGGUGGCAAAUAGUAUAUAUUUUGUAAAAUACGAAGUGCUCUUCUAUGAAUGCUUUAUCAUAGAUAAUACAUUUUAAAGCGAUGGGUUUUAAAAAUUAAAAAAGAUAUUAAUAUAGCAUUUUACACAGUGAUUUUGCAUAGUUUUGUGGACGUUUUGGCGAAGUUUAGUUAAAAUGGACUUGAAGUUACAUGAGUUAUGAGGUUUAGACUAAUGUUGACUUUGGUCAUCAAGGAUAAUAUAAUUUCAUGAGUUUGUUCUCUAAAAAUAAAUAUGGGAUUAAUAUGAAACUUUACGUCAUGAUUCGACAUAGUUUAUUCAUUGUAAUUUUAAAAUUUGAUUUUGAUUUGAUUGCUUUAAAAUGAGUAGCAUCGUUUUCACCACAGUCAUCAUGGAUAAUAUAACUUUAUCUCGAAUUUUUCUCUAUAAAUCGACAUUUUCAGUUGCCCACCAACCAAGUACUCGUUUGCCGGCACUCCCAAGUACUGCUCUUUGAAUUCGCAUCGUCGUACGCAUCCGGACCAGAAGGACGACCUGGAGAGCUGGCUGUACAUGAUGUUCGAGAUCUUCAGUGAAAGCGGCUUGAUCUGGUCGGGCAGAGAUCCUGUUCCUAAAAUUCAAGAACAAAAGCAGGGCUUGUUGAAGAACGCGGAUGAUGUGUUGAGUAAAGUGCCAGAAGUGUUCACGAAAGUGGCGGACAGCAUAAAUACGGGCGCUUAUGGGAAGAAACCACCUCAUUCGAUAUUGUACAAGGAGAUGGAAGAGCAUUUUACGAAGCAGGGAUGGGUAAGGGGGCGUUUUUGGUGUUUUGGGUUGAGGAGGUUUAGUGUUUUGAGAAGGCAUGGGAAGCUUAUUUUUGAGUUUUUCUACUUGGGCGGGGUAAAUUUUAAAUUUUUUGAAUGGGCAGAUUUUUUUAGUUUUUAGGUAAAAUAGGCUUGCUUUUGCCAUUUUUAAAGUUAAAAAGCAAUGUUUUAAAAAAAAUUGAAUUUUUAAACUUAUUUUUAACUAACAAUCUUCUCUAUUUUCAGCUACCAUGCCAAAAGGUCGAAUGGAUAGGGACACAAGAGAACGCCGAGCACAUCACAAUACAAUGUGAUCCGUUGGACGAGAAGGCCUUAAAGUCGCUGAAGUAUGACGAUUGGGACAGGAUUGCUAAAAAGGCAAUGCCGAAAGAGGCGUUCAGUGUAAGUUGAUAAGGAUUGUGGGGUCAAAAAGUUUAGGGAAAGAAGAGAAGGGUUAAAAAGUAGGGAGAAAAAUAGAAAUAUGUUGUUUUAGAGGGGAUUUCAUUAACUUUUGGACCGAUUGUAAAAAAAUUUCUACUAACUUUUUGACCGGGUUACUUGUUAUAAGGCCUUUAAAAACACUGCUUAAGAACUUUUUAACCAACUAUGAUGAUUUUUGAAGGUAAAGUACGAAAUAUAAUAUACAGUGGAACUCCUGUAUAACAAACAACUUUUAAAUUCCCGUCUACCACUGCACAGUGCAUUUAAAACUCCUGUAUAACGAAACUCCUUUAUAACGAACAAAUUUCAAAUCCCCGAGCGAUUCGUUAUACAGGAGUUCCACUGUAAUAAUAUUAUACAAGACGUUAUUACUAAUGAUGACAUUUUCAGAAAGUGAACAUGUCCUUAACCAACAUGAAGCAAAGUCUCAAAAGCCCCAAAAACGAUGAUAAUAUAGAGGAUGCCGUAAGGGAACGAAAAUGA